UCAAAAUUUGAUUUCAAUGGGGGUGUGAAGAAGUUGGAGGAGAUCCGAGAGCGUCAACUGCUUGGUUCAAACUCGAAAAUCGGACCUGGAAGAAGGUUGAAGAAGAGUUUAUCGGUAUAGAAGCGGGAAUUCGGGUCGACCCGGGAAUGGAGAGCCGGACGAAACCGCCGGAGGAGUCGGUGAGCAACGGCUCUGACUCGGGUCCGGGAAGGUCAAGAGCUCCGAGGCUGUUCAUCAAGGAAAUGGUGAUGAGGAACUUCAAGUCUUACGCUGGAGAGCAACGUGUUGGUCCUUUUCACAAGAGCUUUUCGGCAGUGGUUGGUCCGAAUGGGAGUGGGAAGAGCAACGUGAUUGACGCCAUGUUGUUUGUUUUUGGAAAGCGAGCCAAACAGAUGCGGCUGAACAAAGUUUCGGAACUUAUUCACAAUUCUACUAACCACCAGAAUUUAGAUAGUGCAGGCGUCUCCGUUCAUUUUCAAGAAAUCGUUGAUCUGGAUGAUGGGACUUAUGAAGCUGUACCUGGAAGCGACUUUGUAAUUGCCCGGGUUGCAUUUCGAGAUAACUCAUCUAAGUAUUACAUUAAUGACCGGCCUAGUAACUUCACAGAGGUCACCAAGAAAUUGAAAGGGAAGGGUGUGGACUUGGACAAUAACCGUUUUUUAAUACUUCAGGGUGAGGUUGAGCAGAUUUCACUUAUGAAGCCAAAGGCUCAAGGACCACACGAUGAAGGUUUUCUUGAAUAUCUUGAGGACAUUAUUGGAACCGACAAAUAUGUUGAAAAGAUUGAUGAAUCACAUAAGCAGCUAGAAACCCUGAAUGAGAGAAGAUCUGGGGUGGUGCAGAUGGUUAAGUUAGCAGAGAAAGAGAGAAAUGGCUUGGAGGAUGUGAAGAACGAGGCAGAAGCCUACAUGCUGAAAGAGCUGUCACUUUUGAAGUGGCAAGAGAAAGCUGCAAAACUGGCAUCUGGUGAUACUAGUGCUAAAAUGGUUGAACUCCAAGCAAACAUGUCCAACUUGGAAGAAAAUCUAAAAAAUGAAAGGGAGAAGAUUCGAGAAAACAAUCAAACAUUGAAGGAGCUUGAGACUUUGCACAACAAAUAUAUGAAAAGACAGGAGGAACUUGAUGAUGGACUGAGAACUUGUAAGGAUGAGUUCAAGGAAUUUGAAAGGCAGGAUCUCAAAUAUCGGGAAGAUGUAAAGCACAUGGAACGAAAAAUCAAGAAACUUGAGGAUAAAAUUGAAAAGGAUUCUUCAAAGAUCAAUCAAAUCUUGAAGGAGUCUGAGGACUCAGCAGAUUUGAUUCCAAAACUGGAGGAUAAUAAUCCUAAACUGCAAAAACAAUUAGUAGACGAGGAGAAAGUCUUGGAGGAAAUUGAAGAGAAUUCUAAAGUUGAGACGGAGGUGUACCGCUCUGAACUUGCAAGGGUUCGUGUUGAAUUAGAACCAUGGGAAAAACAAUUAAUUGAACACAAAGGAAAACUUGAAGUUGCAUCUACUGAAAUGAAGCUUUUGAAUGAAAAGCAUGAAGCUGGUCGUGCAGCUUUUGAGGAUGCUCAAAAGCAGAUGGAUGACAUGCUGCAAAGAAUUGAAACAAAGUCCACAAGCAUCACAAGUAUUGAAAGCGAUUUAGCAAGGAACAAGCUUGAAGCAUUGGAAGCUCGUAAAGUGGAACAAGAGUGCAACAAGGAACAAGAAGCAACAGUUCUUCUUGAACAAGCUGCGCGACAAAAGGUCACAGAGCUUAUGUCUCUUAUGGAAUCUGAAAAGAGUCAGGGGUCAGUCCUAAAGGCAAUUUUGGAAGCUAAAGAAUCAAACCAAAUAGAGGGAAUUUACGGCCGAAUGGGUGAUCUGGGGGCUAUUGAUGCAAAAUAUGAUGUUGCCAUAUCAACAGCAUGUCCUGGACUUGAGUAUAUUGUAGUAGAAACAACUGGUGCUGCACAAGCCUGUGUUGAGCUACUCCGAAGGAAGAACCUUGGUGUUGCAACUUUCAUGAUACUGGAGAAACAAGUUGAUCAUCUACAUAGAAUGAAAGACAAAGUAAGCACUCCAGAGGGUGUUCCACGGCUUUUUGAUUUGAUUAAGAUUCAGGAUGAAAGAAUGAAACUUGCUUUCUUUGCAGCACUGGGAAACACAGUCGUAGCAAAAGAUAUUGAUCAGGCAACCCGCAUUGCAUAUGGUGGAAACAAAGAAUUUCGGCGUGUGGUAACACUUCAAGGUGCCCUUUUUGAAAAAUCUGGUACCAUGAGUGGUGGAGGGGGUAAACCACGUGGUGGUAGGAUGGGGACAUCUAUUCGACCCGCCAGUGUUUCUGCAGAAUCUGUUGCAACUGCUAAGAACGAGCUCUCAGCAAUGGUUGACAAGUUAAAUUCUAUGCGCCAAAAAGUUGCUGAUGCAGUAAGGAUUUACCAGGCCUCAGAAAAAGCAGUUGCUCGUUUGGAAUUGGAAUUGACCAAAAUCCAUAAAGAGAUAGACAGUUUAAAGUCACAGCAUAGUUAUCUUGAAAAACAGCUUGAUUCCCUGAAAGCUGCAUCAAAGCCAAGGAAAGAUGAGCUAAAUAGGCUGGAGGUGUUAAAUAAAACUAUAUCUGCAGAAGAAAAAGAGAUCGAAAGACUUAUAGAAGGGUCGAAGCAGUUGAAGGAUAAGGCUUUGGAGCUUCAGAGUAAAAUUGAAAAUGCAGGUGGUGAAAGAUUGAAAUUGCAAAAGUCAAAAGUCAACAAAAUUCAAUUUGAUAUUGAUAAAAGCAAUACAGAGAUCAAUCGCCACAAGGUUCAAAUAGAGACAGGUCAAAAAAUGAUGAAGAAGUUGAAAAAGGGGAUUGAAGAGUCAAAGAAGGAGAAAGACCGAGUGGUUGACGAGAAGGAGAAGUUGCAUUUAUCCCAUAAAGAUAUAGAACAGAAGGCAUUUACGGUUCAAGACAACUAUAACAAAACACAGGAGCUAAUUGAUCAGCAUAGAGAUGUAUUGGAUAAAGCAAAAUCUGAUUAUGAAAAGUUGAAGAAGACCGUGGAUGAGUUGAGAGCAUCUGAGGUUGAUGCUGACUACAAAUUACAAGACAUGAAGAAACUCUACAAGGAGUUGGAAAUGAAGGGAAAGGGUUACAAGAAAAAGCUUGACGAAUUGCAAGUUGCUCUUGUGAAGCAUAUGGAACAAAUUCAGAAAGAUCUGGUGGACCCUGAAAAGCUUCAAGCGACACUGGCAGACAAGACUCUUACUGAGGAUUGUGGCCUAAAGAGGGCCCUUGAAAUGGUAGCAUUGAUUGAAGCACAAUUGAAAGAGAUGAAUCCCAAUCUUGACUCCAUUUCAGAAUACCGGAGAAAGGUAUCAGUGUACAAUGAACGAGUACAAGAUCUUAACACGGUCACUCAAGAGCGUGAUGAUGUCAAGAAGCAAUAUGAUGAAUGGAAAAAGAGAAGGAUGGACGAGUUCAUGGCAGGAUUCCACACGAUAUCUUUGAAGUUGAAAGAAAUGUAUCAGAUGAUCACACUAGGAGGUGAUGCGGAACUUGAACUUGUUGACUCUUUGGAUCCUUUCUCUGAAGGUGUUGUUUUCAGCGUCAGACCACCAAAAAAGAGCUGGAAGAAUAUUGCAAACUUAUCAGGUGGUGAAAAGACUCUCAGCUCGUUGGCUCUUGUGUUUGCUCUUCAUCACUACAAACCUACCCCACUUUAUGUUAUGGAUGAGAUUGAUGCUGCUCUGGAUUUCAAGAAUGUUUCAAUUGUGGGACACUAUGUGAAAGACCGAACAAAGGAUGCACAGUUUAUAAUCAUAAGCCUUAGAAACAACAUGUUUGAGCUGGCGGAUCGACUUGUUGGGAUUUAUAAAACUGACAACUGCACUAAGAGCAUUACCAUCAACCCUGGGUCUUUUGUAGUUUGUGAAAAAGCUGCUUAGGGCCCAGUAUGCAUCAUUCAGUCCCAGGUCAGACCUUUUUUGCCUGUAUCGAUGCCAUAUUACCUCACAAAUGUUGGUCACAUAUUUAUUGUAGAAUGCCUUCUGAUAUCUAUUGUAUUGCAAUUGAUUGAGUUGUGUAAUUAAUGUCUACGGGACAAACACAUAUAGGGACAUGUUUCUUAGUUGCAGUUUUUUUAUUAGGUCAGGAAUGUCUGACUAUAUGUACUAAUAUGUUCUGAUGCCCAGUUAUUGUUCGCUCAAAUAGUGCUUUUGAGAGAGUUUUUGUA